AUGUUGAGUCCACUACAGUUGUUCUACUGUGCAAGUCUGGUUGGUAUUUCCGCCAUUUCAGGCUUGUUGCUCCUGUUGUACCACUGUGCACCUGUCCUGUACUACCUGUGUACGGGGAUACUGCUGGGUUCAGUGGGGUACUGUCUGGUUCUGUACUUGGCGCCGAAGAGCAAAGUGAGUGGGGACGGCAAAGCUGUCUUCAUUACAGGCUGUGACAGUGGUUUCGGGUUUAAGCUUGCCAAACGCCUGGACUCGCUGGGGUUCACGGUGUUUGCCGGCUGUCUGCUGGCAGACAGUGGUGGGGAGGGGUCGAAGAAACUCCGUGCGGAGUGCUCGAGCAGGCUGAGUACUGUUCAGAUAGACGUGACUGAUGAUGGACAGGUGAAGGCCGCUGUACAACAGGUCAAAGAUCGACUGCCGAAGGGGUCAAAGGGUCUAUUCGCACUGGUGAACAAUGCUGGAGUCUUGCAGCCGGGUGAGAUCGAGUGGGUCAGCCUCGCCACCUACCGACGUGUGAUGGAAGUGAACACCUUCGGUCCCGUGCGGGUCACCAAGGCUUUCUUACCUCUGAUUCGUCGGGCAAAAGGACGAGUCGUGAACAUCUCCAGUGUGGGCGGGCUGCACGCAGCGCCCAUGGCUGGUGCCUACAGCAUGACCAAGGCGGCCCUGGAAUUUUUCUCGGACGCAUUAAGGCAUGAGAUGCACAAGUGGGGCGUCAAAGUCGUUAUUGUACAGCCGGCGAGCUUUGCGCGGGCUACAGAUAUCGUCUCGCCUGCCGUCUUCAAUAACUUCGUUGAGAAUUUGCGGAACAAUGUUGAGGAAGUUGUUAUGGAGGAUUAUGGCAUGGAGUACUUAAACUACAAGAUGGAACAACUGAGGAGCUAUGUCAAUGGUGGCAUGGCGGAUCCAACGCCAGUCAUAGAUGCUAUGGCGGACGCCGUCACCCUGACCACCCCCAAACAUCGCUACUUGGUCGGGGCGAGUUUUGAGGACUACGUGACUUGGAUGUGGCUUGGCUACUUCCCCUCGAAGUGGACUGGUUCGACACUGCUCAUUGAGGGCGGCCCCAAACCAGCCAUGCUGCAGAAAACUAACUAGAACAUUUCUCUUAGUUCUGAAUAUUUCUUGUAUCUAGUGGUAUCGAGCAU